UGUGGUGACAGUGACAAUUACCAACUCAAAACAAAACUGACGUGUUUGUUAUUUAUUGAAAAUAUGUACCUAUUUUAUUAAUACGAAGUGUAGUGUUAAAUUAAAAGUUUUGUUUCAUAUGGUCUUUGAAUUAUUAUUACAGAAAUGUCUGACUCUGAAAGAUUGAUACAAAACAGUGGGCCUGCAGGGGAAGGUGGUGUACCAAACGGAGAUAGUGAUUUGCCCCCUGUUGUUAACGAACGCGAAGCUUACUUUCAGGCUUUACGACUAUGGAUUCAGCAAGCCCAAAUGUACCAGAACAUUUCAACAUGUUUUCCUUAUUAUAUGAUGACCUUUCAAGGCCUGCAAAAUAAUCCAACGAACAUACCACUUCUUAACAAUAACUACCAGUUACAGGGGCAACAGUUUCCAUUUCAAGUGCCCCAGCCACCUCGCAAUGCCCCAGAACCCCAAGUCCCUGUAGAACAGCUUACUCCCGUGGAAGUGAUAGCAAGACAUGGGGGAUUUGAAUAUAUGAUUCCACCACUUUACAAGAGGCUACUAGCUGAGUUCAUUGAUUUCAUUCUGCUUUUUAUCUUAAAGCUGCUAGUAACAUUUGUUGCCGUUGAUAUGUUUGAACUGAUAGACUUGGAAAAGUUUGAUUUUUAUAAGUUCAGUGAACACUAUGAUGACUAUAAAUAUGCAAUGGAACUCACUUCUGAAAUUCUGUUCUUAGAAAUCAUAUACAGAGUUCUGGUUUGCAUAUUUGAGGCAAUCUGUUUGAGUGGAAAUGUGGGACGGACUGGUGGUGCUACUCCUGGGAAAGCAUUACUAGGGCUGCGUGUUGUUACUGCAUCAGCCGUUAUUCCAGUUGAAGGUCGUCCUAAGGAGACUGUAUUACUUUAUCCUGGCAGACCUCUAUCAUUUGGCUUAGCACUUGUUAGGUCUCUAAUGAAAAAUUUCCUCAUUUCUCUGUUAUUUCCGUUGUGUGUUGUCCUUUUUGUUUUCCGUCACAACCGUACAGGCUAUGACCUACUCUGUGGUGUGAUAGUAGUCGAAGAAAAUAUGUUUCCUCGAAGAAGACAUGCUCCUUAGAAUAUCUCUUAGAUAUUUAUAAUUUAUUCUAC